AUUACAGCCUCAUCUUUCCAACGUACCACCACCGUACCACCAACGUACCACCAACGUACCAUCAGCUGUUGUACGGCGACUGGACUCUAUCUCUGAACGGCUAACCCAGCAAGCUAUGUCCAUCACAGCACUGUCCGCACGGAGUGAUACGCUAGAGGAACAGCUUACAAUGGCCAUUACCAACAACCAGACCACCACACAACAACAACUGACUGAUGCACAACAACAACUGACCGCUACACGUGAGCAAGUAUCCGCAGUUCAAGACGAACAGAGUUCAGGAACGCAACGGCUAACUGGACAUCUGGAGACCAUUGCACGAAACCAGGCCCUGGCACAGACUUCCAGAGAGACCACAACAAUUAACGUCCAAGUUACUCCGCUCCCUGGCCAGUUGUCAACGAUGUCUGCUUCCACCCAUCAGCUGCAGGUUAAGCCUACCAGCGCGCCAGAAAGCCUGUCAAGUUCUGCAUCUGCCACUGCCUCUGCUACAACAGCUACGGUGCCUGUUUCUAGUACCAUUGCUGCACAAGACAGCCGGGCAAGUUCAGCUUCUGCCUCUGCUCCUGCCACUGCUUCUGCUACUGCAACGAGAGCUGAAGCUACAGCAGCUGAAAGCACAGCUGUUUCAUCCGUUGAUAGAGGAUAUCAUGUCUUACCUGCUAUGCCAACCCUAACACAGAUUGCAGACAUCAAGAAUCGCAGAAAGUGGAACAAGAUAACAAGAAGUCCUGGAAUGGGAUUAUUUAGUUUUUGGAAUACUUCACAUCCGGAAGUACAGCAGCAUGGCAACAAUGCCAAGCUUGCCACGUACAGUGACAAACUGGUUGCUGUGUGGUAUGAUGGUGUGAACAUCACCAAGAUGAUGGAGACAUCAGACUUGCAGACAUGGCACAGUAUUGACCUACCAAGUGAAUACAGUAAGCUGCAAGCCCCAUCACUGGCAUCCCAUGGUGGUAUGCUGUACAUGCACUGUGACAUAUACACCAAGAGCAGCAACACAUGGGUGCGCUCUAUUCUGCAGUACUGCGACACACCAGAUAACAGUGAUGGCGGCCGCAGUGGUGGUGGUGGUGGUGGUGGUGGUGGUGGUGGUGGUGGUCAGUGGACGAAACUGACGGACGUCUCGCAGUGUACUAGUGUCCAUAGCUGGUGUACUCUACAUGCAUGCCAUGAUGCUAUUUCUCUAUAUGGUGGCCAGCAUGUUGCAACAAGGCACAAUCAUGUUAGUACUUAUUCUCUAGCUAGCAAGCAGUGGAGCUCUUUUUUUUCACCAUCCAAUACUAGCCUAGUAUUACCUUCAUUGCCACUACCAUGCUGCGAAGCAUCACUUGUCACAUUCCCUGAUUCACUGUACUUAGUUGGUGGUAUUACUGGUUGUUUUUUCAAACACCAUGAUGGUAGGUGGGUGUCCACCAGUCCGCCUGCUGGUGUAAAGCUGAAGUUUAGUGCAGCAUGCGCACUGUCUGACCAUUGCAUGGCUAUUUUCCCCCACACUCCUUCUGCUGAGAGUGUUGUACAUGAUAUUUCAUCUGGUCAGGUCUAUCCACUACCAGCUAUGCCAGAGCACAGUCGUUUCACCCCAUCUCUCACACUGUUUUGCAGUACCCUGGUACUCAGUGUAGGUGGACCUGACAAUCCUGGUUCUCUGUACACACUGGAUAUGAGUGUGUGAGUGUAGUAGGUUACUAACUACAGUCAAUCACUGAUGAUAACUACAGUAUGCAAACUGUACUGCUUUUCACUUUCUUUCUAUCGUCAGAAGGUUGCUAAUCUUUGUUUUCACAUCUCUCUGGUUGUCAAGACAAGUAACUGUCUAGUUUUACGCUGCCUCAUCCCCUGUAACAUAUUAUACCCAGAUUGGUUAAGUGAAUAUUACUCUUACCUCUAUAGUCACGUCCACACUCAAUCCGCCGACUGAACUCUUUCCUUCUUCAUAUUUAUGUCCUGACUCAAUCCGCCGACAGAACUGUUUCCUCCUUCUUAUUCAUGCCCCGACUCAAUCCACCGACUGAACUGUUUCCUCUUCAUAUUCAUGUUCCGACUUGAUUUGCCGGUAGAACUGUUUCGUACUUCAUAUCCAUUUCCAUUUAACUAUUUGUGUAUAUCAACUCAUAUCUCGAUGUUGAAAUGGUUUUUCACGUGAACAUUCUCUUUCAGGGAAUCUCGGUCUUGCACAAUGCCAUAUCCGCCAUUUC